AUGGAGAAAUCUCGCCUGCGCGUGAUUAUAUGGAAUGAAUUCAAACGCGGAAAUACUGCGGCAGAAAGCUUCAAAAUCAUAAACGAAAAUGAGGGUAAGAAUGUUGUGAGUUAUUCUACGGUGACCAGAUGGUUCGCAAAGUUUCGUGUGGACGAUAAGAAGCUUGAAGACAAACCACGUGCAGGAAGACCCAGCAAACUUGACAAAGAUGCCCUGAGGCGCAAGAUUGAAGAUGACCCACAUAUUACAAUCCGGGAGUUAGAAGAGUUACUAAACUGUGGAAAAAGUACCAUUGGUGAUCAUUUGAAGGCAAUGGGUAUGGUCAAAAAGUUGGACAAAUGGGUGCCUCACAAUUUGACUGAUCUGCAAAAAGCCAAGAGACGAUGUGCUUCCGAAAAGCUUCUGCAACGCUGCAAAAACGAAGAAUUCUUGGAUCGAAUUGUAACUAUUGACGAGAAGUGGAUCUCGUUUAACAAUACUAGAAGAUCUACAAGUUGGUGUAAGCGUGGAGAAGCUCCUAAGCACGUUCCGAAGCCAGAAUUGCACGAAAAGAAGCUUAUGGUGACUGUCUGGUGGUGUAGCUCUGGAGUGAUCCAGUACGAUUUCAUGAAACCAGGCCAAAGUAUUACGGCCGACACCUACUGUGCCCAGAUUGACAAACUGCGACACAAUCUUCCAACAAUGGUCAGAAGGAGGGGUCCGAUCAUUCUGCAGGAUAACGCACGGCCCCAUGCUGCAAAGAAGACCGUGGCAAAAUUCAGGGAACUGAGAUACGAAGUCUUGGAGCACCUCCUUAUUCUCCAGACUUGGCUCCAACGGACUUUCACCUUUUUAAACACUUGUCUUCGUUUCUUAAUGGAAGAAUCUUCAAAACUCCAGACGAUGCCAAGAAUGCCUUCAAGAACUUCAUCAACUCCAGAAACCCGGAAUUCUACAAUCGUGGAAUAA